CCCUGCGACGAGAAAGAGAAAAAGAAAUGGCUGCAGUUGAUAAGGCGUGAGAACUACACCCCAAAUUGCCACUCGAGGGUUUGCAGUUGGCACUUCGCCGAUGGUAAAGCUGCCGGACCGACGCGAUUCGCAUGGAGCGAGGGAAUGACUUUACAGGUCAGGGACCGGAGGAAGAAGAAACCAAUGGUUCCCGUACGUGCUGAGGACGAGGGUGCAGAUAGCCAUGCUGCAGCUGCACAGACCCCCAGCACUUUAUCCUUCAGUCAGAUUUCCUCUGAUCCUGUUAAAGUCCAGUAUCUCACAGGACUACCUGACGCUGCCACUGUCCUGUUUUUGGAGGCGCUUCUUUCCAGAUUCGAGCUACGGUAUCACUAUGAUUGGACUGUACAGUGUGUCCCCCUGGUUGAUCAACUGCUCCUGACUUUAAUGAGACUCAAGCUUAACUACCGCCACACAGACCUUGGAAUAAAGUUUAACUGCAGCAAAGCCACCGUAGUGAACACCUUCACCACCAUCAUCCAAGCGCUGUACGACAUCUUGUACGUCGGCAUGCUGGAGAACAACAUCCCCUCCACAGCCAAGAACCAGACAUCACUACCAGACUGCUUCAAACCCUUCCCCAGCUGCAGGAUAGUGCUCAACUGCAUAAAGGUUUCAGUCUGUAACAGAGAGACACUCGCUGCACAGGGUCGUUUCGACAAUCAGAGCAAAAGAAGGACCACUCUGAAGGCUCUGGUCGGUGCCGCUCCCAAUGGAGUGAUCACCUUCAUCAGUGACCUGUACGGUGAAAGCGUCUCAGACAGGGAAAUAACAGCCGACUGUGGAAUUCUCCAGCACCUACGACCAGGUGACACGGUUAUGGCAGACGAGGGCUUCGCAAUUCUACCAGAGGGAGUUUCUCUGAACGUCUCGUCCUCCGUCGUCGGCGGACAGUUCACUCAGACAACAACAGACUCAUCUCACAGGCCAGGAGUCGUGUGCAGCGUUCCAUUCAGAGGCUGAAGUUGUUCUCCAUUUUGGACCACAUCCCAUUUCACUUCAAAAGACACAUGAACAAGAUACUGAAAGUGUGUGUGUGUCUCACAAAUUUACAAACACCUAUUCUCAGCGACAGUGGAUGAAUUCACUGAUCACCAGUGUGUGUGUGUUGUACAUAGUUUGUGUUGUGGAUAAAAAAAAAGUGAAAUCAGAUUAAAAAGUGUUAGUCUUUAUAUCCAGAAACAUGUGACUGAAGUACAAAAAAUGUCAUAAUGAAAUCAAAGAACAUCAGAACAGAUCGUGAAAAUCUCUGACAGAACAUUUAUAAAAUGUUUCCAGUGUCAGUGUUAAGAAGCCAUGUCAGGUCUUUGGAGUCCACACAUUCAGGUGACAGCUGUUGGCUCUGGUCCUGAUCUGAUGAGGCAGUUAACGAGUUUGUUUUAGUGUCAGGGAACCAGACACUUCAUCUAAGUCCAGAAAGAAGCUCCGACUCAGAGACCUGCGGGAGCAUCUCAGUUCUCACUCGUCAGAGAUCCACCGAGCAGGAACUGUCCAGUCUCCUCUGUGCUGCUGCUUCGCCCUCGGCUCAGGGAAGAGCUCCAGUCACGUCUUUAAGGAAAAAAAUCUGAAUCAUUAAAACUUUAAUACUAAUUAAUCUGUUCUGCUGCAGUAACAAAGUAAUCAUAUAACUCCUCAUCUUCAAAAUCUAAAAAAAUAUACCCUGUCAAUAACCGAUGAUUUACAUUUAAAGGCAACAGUUUACCAUUUACUAACUGUACUGAACUGUUAUUAUAAAUUGAUAACACUGACAUAAA